AUGGGCAGAGCGGAAGGGGGGCGGCAAGAGAGCUUUGCUCUGGGCCAGCACCUGCCGCCCGCCUCCUCGCGAUGCGCAUUGGGUGAAGCCAGAGCCACCUUCGCACCGAUUGGGCGAGACGCCGGUGAGCGACGGCGCCUACGGCCCGUGGAGUUGCCGGACAGCGAACAACAAGGGGAGCACGAGCAGCGAUUGGCGGAGAGCGCCGAUGGACAGCCCGCCCACCAGCAGGCUGAUCAGCCCCUCGCUUUCCCGUCGCUCAGCGGCUUCCCGCCAAUAGAAAAGCGGCAACGGGAAGACAGCAUCCCUCCCUCAGCUGCUAUUAGACGAAAGAGGGCUAAGGCGGCCGUCAAUAGGUGGAGCGGGCUGCCGGUCAGCAAGCCGCGGGCCUGCGCUCCGAGGGGGGCGAGGGGCGGCGAGUACGUGAGGAGCCGCACAGCAGCGUGCGGGGAGGGGGGAGCGCUGCGGUCGCCCUGCGCCAAUGGGGUGGAUGACGUGAAGGGACCGCCUCCCUCCCCCCCCCGCCGCCUGUGUUGCCUCAGGUCCGAACCGGGGCUUCAGGGGUCCCCUGCCCUGAGAACGGUGCCCUCGGGGUGGUUUCCCCGUGAGGUGCAGCUCAGGCCCUUGUGCAGUCUCCUUUCAAGCUCCUCCCUGGAGCGCUCAUCAGAGGAAAUCGUCAGGAGUAGUAACGCCUCUGUGGUACUGAGGUGUUAAAAAUAGCAUACAUUGCGUUUCAAGGUAGUCACGUUGCCAUAAAUGGCGUCAGAGAUGGAGGCUCUGGGCACUCACCUGCGUACACCUGUUGGGCCACAAAGGAUGUGCUUGGGAAAAGCCGGGGCUGUGCUUCAUGCCUCUCACCUAAGCUGAAAGGCAGAGCCUCAGAGGGCUCAAACCUGGGGAAGGGAAAGGACACAGAGUGAGAUCAGCUCCUCAGCAGGAACCCAUAACAGGUUUUAGGUUCCCUAUCCCGCAUAAGCUAGACUUUUAGAGAGCACUUAACCAUAAGUACUCCGACUGUACCUCUUCCCAGUUAGUUCAUUCUUUACACCCUUGGGCUUUACCAACACUUCUGAUUUCCCACACAUCCACCAGUGCCACACAGUGAAGUCUGCAUGGGCUCCCGCCGCUGGCUAAACUGCACUUUUGCCCAUCUGCAGCAGAUGCUACAGGUUGGGAUGAGUACCCACAGUGUGCACCUGCACAGCAUUGACCGCCCCCUGCAGUCACCAUCACACAGAACUCCUCCAACUGGCAGCAGUUAAAGCAUCACAGACAUCUACCAGGAUGAAGUACUGGGCAUUUUUUAAUUCAUGCUCAGUUAAACCGUGCAGACCACAGACUUUGUACACUUACUGGGAAGGGAUGGGAAUUCACAAAAUAAAAGAUCCUUAUGCUGUUCUUUCAACACCUCUUUUCUUGCAUCCUGGUUCUUUAUCUGUAAAAGAGUUACUUUACCAAAUCACAUUCUAGAUUUUUACUCUAGGAUUUCAGAACAGCAGUAUACAUAAGUCUGUACAGGAAAUGAAGCACCAUCCUACUAACAAACACUAAAAAAAAAAAAAAAAAAAAAA